AUGCCUAAGCGUCAUAGUGACCGCGACGAAGAAGAGAUAAAAAGAAAAAUACGAAAGUGGGAGAAAAAACUUGAAAGACGUCGUCGUUCAAAAUCCCCACAAAGAUCCACAACGCCUAAUAUCGAUUUAGUUGAGGAAAGUGAUCUACUGGUAGAAAAUAAUGAUCUCCCAAAAGAAUCAGGUGAGGAUGACACAAUAGAGUUAGACGAGAAUAUAUUGUCAGCAUUGGGACAAACCACAAGUGCGGAUAGAGAAUAUGGAGAAAAUAUACACCCGGAAAUUUUAAAAAGGAUUGAAAAUAUAUUAAAGGCUGGCAUAAAAAAGGAUGUUAAAGAAGAAUUAUUAAGAAAAAUUCUAAUACCCAACAAUAUAAAAUUACUAGAUGCACCAAAGCUGAAUAUAGAACUCCAGGGCCUGCUCUCUGAUACAGUUAAAGGAAGGGACAAAAGAGUAGAAGAUCGUCAGCAACGGCUGGGGAUAGCCAUAUCAGGUGUCUUAAACGUGAUGAACACAAUUUUAAAGGACAAUUUUAACAAAAUAAAUAUGAUCACUACACUCAGUGACUCAGUGAGGUUGCUGAGUGACUUACAUUUUGAAGAUACUAUCACACGCAGAAAAUUAAUAUCCCCAAACCUAGAUAAAAAUAUAUCUAAAGCGAUUGAAAGCACAGCUAGAGACAGUUUCCUUUUCGGUGAAAAGUUUAAUGAAACAGUCAAAUCGGCAAAUGCCAUAAGAAAGUCUGCCACUUCAAUACUGAAACCAAUAAAUACCAAUGUGUCCAAGAGCUCCCAACCCAACCGCUCACAGCCCAACACUAAAAAGCAGGGAAACUUCCGGGGCCCUCCUCGCCAAAAUCAGUACAGACAGGGAGGGGGGGGGCAAGUACCAACAGAGGAGCUCGGUGAGGCCUCAACAACGGCAACAAGCCAACAAGCCAUAUGCUGUUCAGAAAUCGGUGCGGCAAACUUAAAGGACGCCGCAUCCCCUUCACAAAAGCCUUUCCCUGGGAGCCUGCAUACUAUCAGGGAGGCAUUAAGAAACAAACUCCUACCAGAGGAGACCAUUGAAGUUAUGAUAUCAUCCUUAUCUCAUAAUACGGUUAAACAAUAUACAGUAGCCUUAAGAAAAUGGUGGCUUUAUUGCCAGGGUAAAGACAUAUAUGAACUAUCAGUACCUAAGGUCUUAGCAUUUCUAACACAAAUUUAUGAAAGUGGAGCUUCAUAUACCACUUUGAAUACUUAUCGUUCUGCACUCUCUUUGAUAAUUGAUUCCAGUUUGGGUACAGAUAACCUCAUUAAAAGAUUUUUUAAAGGUGUCUUUCGUCUCAAGCCUUGUAGACCAAAGUAUAAUGAUACAUGGGAUCCUUCAAUUGUUUUAAAUUAUAUUGAAAACUGGUUUCCCAAUGAAACUUUAGGAUUAGAAAAAUUAACCAAAAAAUUAGUUAUACUGCUAGCCCUAACUAGUGCACAAAGAAUACAAACAUUAGCUGCAAUCGCAUUAAGUAAUAUAGAAUUUACUGACUCAGGAGUUAAUAUAAAAAUAACUAGCUUAUUGAAAACUUCAGUGCCAUCCAAGGUUCAGACCAUUAUUGUACUCCCAUUUUUUCAGUCCAAACCAGAGAUCUGUCCAAUAGUUACAUUAAAGUCCUACAUUAAUCAAACUAAAAUGUUAAGAAAUUCUAAUAAUACCGAAAAGUUGCUUCUGUGCUGCAAAAAACCUCAUGGGAGUGCUAGUAACCAAACAAUUAGUAGGUGGAUAAGACAAAUCAUGUCAGAUAGUGGUGUGGAUGUUAAAAUAUUCACACCUCAUUCUACGCGACAUGCCUCUACUUCCUUAGCCCGUCGAGCAGGUGUUACAUUAGAUACUAUUUUUAAAACCGCAGGUUGGUCUGAAGGUUCUAAAGUGUUUGCAAAGCACUAUAAUAGGCCUUUAACUAGUCAAUCAAAUGAUAAUUAUGCAUUUGCGAGGGCUGUGUGUAAUACGGAUUAA